UAGCGGCUCCUAUGGAAGGUGGUGGGGGCAGAUCAUGGCUUUGAUUUGGGGUGGGACGGUGUAUUCUGACGUCUUCGCAUUUCAGCGUGAGGUUUCCUGCCUCAUGUAGUUAAAAAUAAUCGCCACACUACUGGGACUUGAUGCAUUUUUUUUUCUUCAUAAGGUUAGACUAGGGUUUUUUUUUUUUUUUUUUUUUGUAAAAUCACGGAACUGCUGAGAUAUACAUAUAUAUAAUUUGAGCGUUUCUGUCGGGGACAGCGAUCUGUACUGAAGCUAACACACCGCUAGCUGUCUCUAGCUAGCUCUCCGUGGUGCUGCAGAAUGGACGAAAAGGCGUUUACGAAGGAGCUGGAUCAAUGGAUCGAGCAACUGAACGAAUGCAAGCAACUCACGGAAAACCAAGUGAAAACCCUGUGUGAAAAGGCAAAAGAAAUCCUGACUAAGGAGUCCAAUGUGCAGGAGGUGCGAUGUCCAGUCACUGUGUGUGGAGACGUCCAUGGGCAGUUUCAUGACCUCAUGGAACUGUUUCGCAUCGGAGGGAAGUCUCCAGACACAAAUUAUCUCUUCAUGGGAGACUAUGUGGACAGGGGUUACUACUCUGUGGAGACUGUAACGUUGCUUGUAGCGCUUAAGGUUAGAUAUCGGGAACGCAUCACAAUUCUUCGAGGGAAUCAUGAAAGCAGACAGAUCACACAAGUGUAUGGAUUUUAUGAUGAGUGUUUACGGAAAUAUGGCAACGCAAAUGUCUGGAAAUACUUCACGGACCUUUUCGAUUACCUUCCCCUCACUGCCUUGGUAGAUGGUCAGAUAUUCUGCCUUCAUGGUGGACUCUCCCCAUCCAUAGACACACUGGAUCAUAUCCGAGCACUUGACCGCUUGCAGGAAGUUCCACAUGAGGGACCAAUGUGUGACCUCCUGUGGUCAGACCCAGAUGACCGUGGAGGCUGGGGAAUCUCUCCCCGAGGGGCUGGAUACACCUUCGGACAGGACAUCUCUGAAACGUUUAACCAUGCCAAUGGCCUUACCCUGGUCUCAAGAGCUCACCAGCUGGUAAUGGAGGGUUACAAUUGGUGCCAUGAUCGCAAUGUGGUAACAAUUUUCAGCGCACCAAAUUACUGCUACCGCUGUGGGAAUCAGGCAGCUAUCAUGGAACUUGAUGAUACUCUCAAAUAUUCUUUCCUGCAGUUUGAUCCAGCACCUCGCAGAGGGGAGCCCCACGUAACCCGUCGCACUCCAGACUACUUUCUCUAACUUUUCUGUACAGUAUUGUCACGAUUUAAUAUCCAGUAAGCUUAAAGGGGUAGGGUGGGCAAAAGGCUGAGAGAAGUACCUGUUCAAGAAUUCAGAAACCACCUGUGUACGUGGACCAAAAGGUGUGCCAUAUUCAAAAUGAAAUUUUAAAGGCUCUGCUGGAAUGACCAUGAAGAGAAUCAACUGUGAAUUCCUCGGUGCAUGUUUAAAACUGAUCUAGAGCUGCCAUUUUUGUUUUCACAAGUUUUAAAAACAUGCACAUAUUGUAUUUACAUUAAAUAUGCAAUGCUAUAGCCAAAUGGAAUUCAGUAAUCACCAAGUCUGUCAUAUUUCCAGAAUGUGUACAUGUGCUGGCAUAGAUCAGAAACUUAUAACUUCUGAAAUGCAUUCUGGAAAUGGUCUUUGUGAUUAAAAGUAAUUGUUUAGCUAUAGCUUCAUUCAUAAAAGUAUGAAAGAAGGCAGUGAACAUGCAUUAAAAAGCUUAGAUUACCAGGGUCUAUUGGGCUGUCUAAAAAAAAAAAAAAGUGUUCCUCGUUUUCAGGAAUGGUUUUUCUGUCUGCACUUUUUAUUUUUAUGUCAUGACUCAUACUUCUGUAGUUGAACUGCACAGGUUUUAUUUACUCCACUAAUACUUGUGAACUAAAAGCUGUUUCGAUAAAGCAGUUUCGAUAAGGAGGACAAGACAAAAAAAAAAAAAAGCCAACGUGAAAAGAAUUACACUAACACUUUUUGGUGGUUUGUCUGUAUUUAGGGUUCCAGUUGAGUAAUAAAGAUGGAAGUUGCUCCUU